GUUACUUCGAAAGACCAGUCGUGGGGAGCGUUGAUUCUUUAUUUGGUUGUGGAUGAGUCUCACAGGUCACUCCGUUUACCGAGAGAAGAAACAUGACACCUGAUUUGGACACCAAGGACCGCUGCUUUAGGGCCUUGCUUAUCCAAGGCAAUUUGGUCAUUGCAUGCUGCGGGAUUGCCUUGAUGGCCAUGUGUAUCUUCUUCAUAUCGGAUCGAGCCGGAUUGUAUGUUUUGGUCUAUGCUACAGGAAAUGACAGCAUCUGGAGGGGAGCCUGGAUAGGCCUUUUCACUGGGUUUGCCCUUUUCUGCACAUCGAUCUUUGGAAUGCACGCCAUAGUUGUGUCCAAAAGAAAUAUCCUACUUGCUUACAUCCUCCUGAUGGUGAUCAUAUAUGCAUUUGAGGUGGCAUCAGCUAUUACUGCUGCAACACAUAAAGACUGGUUUGUCCCUGAACUCUUCCUGAAGCAAAUGCUACAGAACUACAACAAACCUCUACCAGAUAAUCUGCCCAGCACCCAGGACCAGAUCUAUGUAAUCAACGGGAUAACAGAAGCAUGGAACCGGUUCAUGACUGAGUCUAAGUGCUGUGGAGUGUACGGGCCAGAGGAUUGGGUGAAGUAUGAGUCCCACUUCAGGCAGCAGAACACAGAUGCUGAUAAUCCUUGGCCCAGACAAUGCUGUCAGCAGGAUGCUAUGGGAGCCAUCAGCCAUUUAGAAGCCUGCAAAAUUGGGGUUAGCCCUUUCCUGCAUGUACAGGGUUGUUAUGAUUACAUUGCUGGUCCUUUGAUUAGACACAGCUUUGGAGUCUCAUGGUUUGGAUUCGCCAUAUUGUGUUGGACAUUCUUUGUGAUACUGGGAGUCAUUUUCCACUACACUCAGUUGGAUAUCUGAGGAUGACCAACAAAGAAAGCUUCAAAUAAACUUCAGUUCAGACCUACGAGUAAAGAAGUAAUGCAAAUAUAACACUUUUUUUGUUAUGAUCAACUAAUAACCUUACAAUUCAUUACAUUUCAAUGUCUCUAAUCCAAAUGAAAAGAACCAAUAAAUGUACUAAAUACAAUUUUA